AUGUCUGGAAGAGGAAAGGGCGGUGGGAAAAGUCGCGCCAAGGCGAAGUCUCGGUCGUCCCGGGCUGGCCUGCAGUUCCCGGUGGGCCGUGUUCACAGGCUCCUGAGAAAGGGUAACUAUGCUGAACGUGUGGGUGCCGGAGCGCCGGUCUAUCUGGCUGCGGUGCUGGAGUAUCUGACGGCUGAAAUCCUGGAGCUGGCCGGCAACGCGGCCCGGGACAACAAGAAAACCCGCAUCAUCCCCAGGCACCUGCAGCUGGCCGUGCGCAACGACGAGGAGCUCAACAAGCUGCUGGGAGGGGUGACCAUCGCUCAGGGCGGGGUGCUGCCUAAUAUCCAGGCCGUGCUGUUGCCCAAGAAAACCGCCGCUGCGGGAGCCGCUAAGAAUGCUUGUGGGAUUGUGGCCAUGACUGGAAGAGGAAAGGGCAGUGGGAAAGGUCGCGCCAAGGCGAAGUCUCGGUCGUCCCGGGCUGGCCUGCAGUUCCCGGUGGGCCGUGUUCACAGGCUGCUGAGAAAGGGCAACUAUGCUGAGCGUGUGGGUGCCGGAGCGCCGGUCUAUCUGGCUGCGGUGCUGGAGUAUCUGACGGCUGAAAUCCUGGAGCUGGCCGGUAACGCGGCCCGGGACAACAAGAAGACCCGCAUCAUCCCCAGGCACCUGCAGCUGGCCGUGCGCAACGACGAGGAGCUCAACAAGCUGCUGGGAGGGGUGACCAUCGCUCAGGGCGGGGUGCUGCCUAAUAUCCAGGCCGUGCUGCUGCCCAAGAAAACCGCCGCUGCUGGAUCUGCUAAAAAGUGAAGAGACCAUUCUUGAAUCUACCAACCC